AGUGCACUUUAGACCGCGGAGCGGGAAACAACCAACAUUUGGCAUUGCGGUGUAGUUCGCAAAAAAAAAAUAGUUUUCUCGCCAUACUUUUGUGCUAUAUACAAGAAGUGAGAGAAAAGUAAUUUAACAAUAAAAAAAAAACAUCUAACAACAUUACAAGACCAAAUUUCGUACGGAGAAUUUCAAGGCUGACAUUAUAAAGAUUUUUCGUAAUUCCUCGAACACAGCCAAUGAUUUCAAUCAGUUUUAAAUUGAGCGUUAUUUAAAGAAAUUCCAUGCAAUAAUGGGAUUGAGUAUAUUGAAUUAUGAACGCUCAGUGCAAUAAAUGGUGAUUUUCGUGUGUUGUUCUUGUAAAAGGUACAACAAGUGGGCGUUUAAUCAAUCCUAUAUAAUAAUUAACAUAUAUAUGUAUAUCAAGAAAAUCUCACAGAAGAAAGUGAUUGAGCGUUCAGUGACAUGUCAAAUAACUCAUAGAUUGCAACAACAAUGAUUUUUUGCUUGGAUAUGGUACUAAAGAGAAAAAAUGGAUUGUUCGUCAUCAAUUUUGGAUGCCUAAAUGUCAACAAGUAUGACAUUCCAUCACAACAAUAAGCCACAAAUCAUUACUUUGGGAUAUGCCUGAGAAUUAAAUUGGCACAUCAGCGAAAAAAAAUUCUUGAGCAACAAUAUCAAAGCGAAGGAUAGCCAUGGUCCAUGUGCCAAGUUUCAUUUUUAUCCUCUUGAUUUUGAUCAAUGAUUCAUGUGGUCAUCCGGCUGCUCAUGGGGACCUAAUAACCGGCCAAGAUUUUCUAUCAUUAUUCACUGAUAGUAAAAAUAUUCGCCCAUAUGCAGAAGACACAGAUAAAGUGGAUUAUAUUAAGAAUUUGGAAGAGGAUGAUACAAUUUUGCCAAUUGAGAAAUUAUUCCUGUCCAAUGAUGAGAUGGUUGCCGAAAGUUCUAAUCACUUUUCAUUCGAUCGACGCACAAAUCGAAAAUUGGAUACAUUCACAGCAACAGCUACGCUAAAGCCCCCCACACCUGUGAUGACUGAUGUAAAUAAUUCACAAUUGCAGCUUGUCAAGACUGGAAGUAAAAUCAUUUUCAUCGAACAACCCCAAGAGGAAAACAAGGAUGCAGUGAUUUCUUCAACAACAUUAAAGGAUGAAACAACAACAGAGCAAAAUCCAAAUAGUGAUAAAAAUGUGCGGGUAAUUGCUGUAAGUGUAUCAUCAUCUGUGGCACAGCGAUCGUCCACACUGCAAAGGGACUUUCCUGUUGAUGCUACACCAUCGCGAAGAUCGGGUAAUGAUUUUUCAAUUGAGGAAGAUGAACCACUGACAAAGCUCAAUAAAGAAAUAUCCGAUUCAGCCAGAGAAGAGUCAAUGAACGUGCACAGUUUCGUUGCACCACCUGAUUCAGAUGUUGUUUCGCAACUUCCAGUGGCUCAACCGCCAUCUCAGCAGGUGAGGUCAAGAAUGCAGCGCAAACAAGAUGACGUGGUUCCUUACCAAACAUUGCUUUAUCGCAAUAACGAGGAGAAGAAAGACCGUGCACCGCUGCCUCGCUCCAUUUCUUACACAUCUCUGGGUCAAGCUCUCAUCAAUGAGCCCAAAUUGUGGCGAAAUUAUGAUGUGCAGCAAGUAAAUAAGACCGAAGAUUCCCUCGCAAGUAAUAGUGCAUAUUCACAACCAGAAAAAAUCUAUGGUGAACCAUCAAAAGUAUAUUCAGUGCCAGCAAAAAUUUAUGGUCAACCGUCGAAGGUGUAUUCUGAGCCAGCAAAGAUAUAUUCAGAACCAGCAAAAAUCUACUCGGAGCCAGCUAAAGUGUAUUCGGAGCCAGCCAAAGUAUAUGGAAAACCAGCUCAAGUUUAUGCACAACCACCCACACCCUUUCCCACUCUAACCACUAAGUCGCCAGUACAUACAUCCGUGUCACCAUCUAAGAAGAUUGUUUUCAACCUCGACAAACUUCCCUAUGAUUUACUCAACAGACCUCAAAGCACACGACCUACAUUUGCUCAUUUUGAAGUAAAUCAAGGGGGAAAUAACUUCAUACCAAGUUCAACGCCCCAAACGUUGGAGGAAUCCACAUUAACUGCAUUUGAGAUGUACGAGGGGCCAACACCCGAACGAAAUUAUGAGGUUGAUGAAGCAGUUAGCGUAAUGACAAGUGGGAGACACCAUGGAAUUCAGCCGUCACCCAGUGCCGCAACACCAAUUACAGAUGACGCCAAGAAAGUAGGUUACGUCGUGGAAGGACGAAACUUUAGAAAAUAUCGCGUAGAAGAAAAAACCGCCGAUGGAUUUAUUGUAGGAGAAUACGGGGUAGUUAGUAAUGAUGAUGGUAAUCUACGUGGUGUUAGAUACACCGCAGAUUCCAAUAUUAGUCCGAGUCUCAUUUAUAAUGCUCUUCUAAAGUUUUUGUCUCUCUAAAAUACAAAUAAGAGUAUAUUUAGAAAUAAGGUACCUACUGAAGAAGAUAAUGAAAUCAUGUCAUUUGCAUAGUUAGGGAAAAUAAAUAAAUUAAAAUAUAAAAUAUGCCAUAGUCCAACGAAUCUUUAAAUGAUUUAAAAUCUUUGAGAUAGGUAGGAACAUUAUGUAUUCACUUUGAAAGACAUUGUCGUGUAUUAUUUAGGUUAAUAAAAAAAAUCAUGCAUAAGUUAGAUAGAAUAUUUCAAUUUUUAUUUAUAAAAUACGAAAGAUUUGCAUGUUAUGGAUAUAUAAUUCAUUAUAUUGUGUGAUAAUAGGAAAUAAUUCAAUUAAUAAAUUUAUAGAAAAAGAAA